AUGGCCAACUGCUACUCUCUACAUUUGGGUGCGAUUAACAUCAACUACUCUGAUGCACCAAGUGAAGACGUGAACCAAGUCGGCCACAAUGUGAUAUGCUGCGUACGAGGCUCGACCUGUAUGAGCAACGGCAUCUACAAGAACUCCAAUAGUGAUAGACAUUACACUGCCGACUACACAGACCCAACACUACAAGACCCUAGCUACCAAAACCACUAUAAGCUAACGAUUCGUAUUUACGGUCGCGCAGGAGGGCUCGCAGGCUCACAGAUUACCUACAACUCAACCUCUAGUCUUCAGGCCUAUUACUCAUAUAAUGGAGGACAGUCCGAUUAUUCAGAGCCGACUAAUGAGCUUUCCCCCGCUCCUAGCCCAUCCAAUCUCAAAACCGUCCUAUACCUCCCCAAAACCGGAACUAUCAUAUAUUCUACGUCAACAGCGACCGCAACAUCAGUUACAAACACAAACACAUCUUCGGCCUCUUCAUCCUCAUCCUCAUCUUCGACAAAUUAG